AUGGUGGAUCUCUUCUUUCUUCAAUCAUAUUUCACAGCUUCAUCAGAAUCAUUAGCUGUGGAGGAUUGUUCCUCUGGUGCUUAUUCUUCUCAAGCCACUGGUGAAAACGAUAGGAGGUCAGAUACGGGUAAUAUUGAAGAAGCCGAAUCAUCUCUUCGUGAAAAUGGUUCCUUAAAUUUUGAGGAAGCAAGAGCGUUGUUAGGGAGAUAUGAAUAUCAAAAGGGAAACAUAGAAGCUGCUCUUCAUGUGUUUGAAGGGAUAGAUAUAGCAACAGUAACUCCAAAGAUGAAGAUUAGUCUUUCCCAAAGAGGCGAACCUCGUAGAAGAGUUUCUCAUAAUUAUGGGGAUCCACCAUUGUCUAUACAUGCUGUUGGUUUACUCCUUGAAGCAAUUUUAUUUCACACUUCUGGACAAAAAAAAAAAAAAAAAAAAAAACAAACCUGUGUGCUGUGA